AGUAUUGGGUUAGGUCAGCCCAGAGUAACAUCGUUGGUUGUCGUCGUUCUUCGUGAUCGAACGGCGACAUUUGUUGUUUAUAGUAGAAUAGUAACACGUUUUUACGUACCUUGUUUAUCCUUUUGUUCGUUUUUCCCUUUCUUUUUUUUUUUUGUUCAUUUUUCUUCACCUGCUUGGUUCCAUGGGACACGCGCCAGUUUCACUACAAACGUCGAAACAGAAUCGUCAAGAAAAAUAUCGUCGCGGUUUAUCACGAAGAGAAUUCGAUAAUUUCCCAGUGGUUUCUCAUCAUCCGUAUUUGGAAUAAAAAAAGAACUUUAAUCAUCAGAACAGCAUCAAAAGCGAUCUUUCUUAUGUGUUGUGUUAUGUGUUCUUAUGGUGAAAACACGUCGUACAAUGGCACUGUCUUAUCUUCAAGAGGCGCAAAUUAACGCAGGACUCAUAAGCGGGCAGCAUCUCGACAUGAAACAAGAAUCCGAGAAGCAACCACUGUCACCGCCGUUGAACAACAACACGUCCCAAGUGAUGUUCCCCGGAAUGGGAAGCACGACGGCAGGCUUGUCCAUGCUUACCCCUCAGCAAUUGCUCGCGGCGAGCAGAACGGCGGCCUUGAUGGCCGCCGGUAUCCCCGUGUCGCUGCACGCAACCCUUGCAGCGAGCCCGUCUCUCUACAGACAGCAUCAGACGUUAUUCGGUGGCUGGGCACCACCGACCGCCUCCUCGCCCCCCUCGCCGCUCCACCAUUCUCCCGGGCCCGUGUCGCCCGCGUUGAGCUCCAAAUCCACGUCCAGGCGCGGCAACAACACCGUGACCACCACCACCAGCGCCACCGCCGCCAACAACAACCACAACAACAACAACAACAACAACAAUAACAACAACAACAACGUGGUGAGCAGCAGCGCCGACAGAAUCUCGAGGAAGGGUCAAACGGCGAGGAAGAAAACGCAGAAAUCGUCGAAGACGAUGGACGUGGUGCAAGCACCGUCGGAGGGCACGGCGCCGCUCAGUCCGCCCAUCUCGGUCAGCCCCGAGGUGGGCAAAGACGGAAGGGACAAGGUGUUCACCUGUGGAGUGUGCUCCAGAUCGUUCGGUUACAAACACGUGUUGCAAAACCACGAGCGCACGCACACAGGAGAGAAACCUUUCGAGUGCCCUGAGUGUCAUAAAAGAUUCACACGGGACCACCACCUCAAGACCCACAUGCGGCUGCACACGGGCGAGAAGCCGUAUCACUGCAGCCAUUGCGACCGGCAAUUCGUCCAGGUUGCCAACCUGCGCCGCCAUUUGCGCGUUCAUACCGGUGAACGGCCGUACGCGUGCGAGCUUUGCGCCGCGAAAUUCAGCGACUCGAAUCAGCUGAAGGCUCACCUUCUGAUCCACAAGGGCGAGAAACCGUUCGAGUGCGAGCAUUGCCAGAUGAGAUUCAGACGGAGGCAUCACCUGAUGCAUCACAAGUGCGGUACCCAAGGGUUGAACGCGUCCGGGCACAUAUCGAGAUCGCAGGUCACGUCCCCGUCGCUGGCCAGCGACGACCUCGACGAGGACAUCGACAUAGACAUAGACGUCGAGAUAGAGGAGCCCGAGACAACGACGGGCUCCACGUUGAUCGGCAGAAAGGCGAGGGAGGCGACGGUGAGAUCGGCGCAUCGCCAAUUGCCGAGCCCUGUCGUCAACGCCGCCAUCCCCAUACCGUUGAACCUGUCCGGUAUACCUAUGGUCGAUCUGCCGGAACAAACGGAGCCGGAGGACCUCUCCAUGUCGACGGGCAUGCACAGGCCGCACUCACACUCGAACAGCAGCGGCGAUUCCCCGAUGAGUCGUAGUCCGAGCAGCGACGCGAUCCACGAAGAGGACGAGGAAGACACGGACAUGGGCGAGAGAUCGACCACCACCCCCGCCUCCACCACCAGCCGAAUCUUUCCAGCCACUUCAGGUGAGAGAAAGAAAGAAACUAUGAGGGAGAGAAAUUCGUGUAUUUAGUUAAUCGCGUUGUAUCAACCGCGUCUUUCGUUCGACGAGAGUUGUGUGUGACUAUCGGUUAGAUAGAUAUUAAUUAUUAUCUAUGUAUAGAUAGUUAUCGUGGAAGGAAAGAGAAGGGGGGGAGGGGGAGAAGAAUAAGGAGGAGAGAAAGAAUAUACGCGAGUGAAAAUAGCUUAAUAGGGUGUGUGCGUGUUGUAUAUGUGCGUGCAGGAGUGUGCGUGGACACGUGUGCGUACAACGCGUGUGAUUGAGGCGAGCGAGAGAAUCGAAAAAAAGGAAAAGAAAAAAAAAGCUAAAACUAGAAACUAAAACGGAAUGAAUGUACUGGUAUACAAGUUCCUCUGACAGUAAAAGUAGCGGGGGGGAGUGACAUCGGUUCGUCGAUCCUCUGUCGCUCUCGCACUUCGCCGAUUUGUCAAAUUGUUCGGCGCUGUUCUUUUUUUUUUUUUUUUUGGUUCGUUUUAUAUUUUUCUUUCAUCCCCUUUUUUUCGUUCCUUUCCCGUUCUCUUUAUCGCGUAUGAAUAUUAUCGAUCGAGUUUUUUUCUUUUUUUUUUUGUUUUUUUUUUUCUUUUCUUCUUCUCCGCUUUUGUAUUUAUUCCUUUCUCUCUUUAUAGCGUGUACACAGAUAUACGUAUACAACUCAUGUAUACUGCGUCGUUAUAUAUCUAUUGCACCAAUUUUGUUUGCCAUCGCGUGAUUCGCGAAACACGUGUAUAUAUGUUGUUACACGUACACCAUUACACAGCGAAAUAAAUCGUUAAACAUGGUGAUCGUUAUAAACGAGCUCGAGAUGUGUGUCCUACGUUUCCUAAUUUUAUAAUUUUAUAUUUUCCUUAAGCGGUUUUCCCCAAGUUUAUUAUUAAAUGACCAAUGAUUUUCGUCAAUCGACGUUGAAAUAAAAUAGGAAAAAAAGAAUCACUUUUCCUAAAUUUGCGUGAUAAAAGUGAAAUUCCAUUAAAAGCCGAUUGUUGCCUCUUUCAAGAACCUUUUACAAAUUUACUUUUAUUCUUUUGUUCUGCUCGACAACAAUAAGAAAGAAUAGCCAGAAAUUUUCGCACCGCGCCCUUCCACCUCGAUUCAUCGAGAAUCAUUCCACCCAAAGAAAGUCGAAAACGAAAUUCAAAGACCUGAAACCGCUUCGUUUACAUUCGCCUUUUGCAAAAAAAAAAAAAAAGAAACCAACCAACACCUGUAAGUCGAGCUUCCAACGCGAUCUCGAUUCGCAUUAAUCCUCGUACAACUUUUAUUCGAAAAAAAAAAGGGCCGCGCCUUCGAGCAAAUAUUCCUCUAACGAGAAUCAUUGGUGAAACGAAAAAGAUAUCCACCCUGCUCCACUUGUGUUGCCCGUCGACAACAAUCGAGAGGGAAGGGGAGGAGAGAGCAAAACCGUUUCUUCUUCUUCUUCUUCCUCCUCCUCCUCCUCCUCUUCUUCUACUCCGAUUUCCGUCUUUUUUCUAGAGAGCAGCCGGUCUCUUCCCUCGGAACCCCUGGUACACGAUUUCUUUUGUCGUUUCGGUUUGUCGACAACGUCGGCCGUCUGUUUCGCGCGAACCAGUUUUCGCAAUGAUAGACGGCCGCGUGCCGAAAAAUUCGCAGCCGGUGGUCGCCUCGUUUUCGCCUCCUCUUCCACAACCACCACCACGUGGCUCGUCGUCGUUUCUCCAGAAUGAGAAGGUGGCGGUGUUCCCUCGCCAGAUCCGACUCAAUGGUCCACUGAUUUAUGCCUCCGCUCGGCCGGCAUGCAAAUCUCAUCGGCGUGGUCUCGAGGCCGUUUCGAGGUUCAUUGUUCCACGGGGGUCAGUCCCGGGACGCUUUUCUGGGACGCGAGAAGUGGCCGUGAAACGUCAUUCACCCUCCCUCUUCCGGCUCUUCCUCCCCCCUCUCUCUCUCCUUCCCUUAUUUUCCAAUGGCGGAGAAACAGGGCACAGCUUUUCGAGAUAUAAACUUGCCGACCAACGGUUACAUAACCUCUGGGUUUUUCCACGAUGGACAAAAGGGAAUGGAUGGAGAGAGAGAGAGAGAAGGAGAAAGGUUUCCUCGUCUGCAUUUCGUGCGAAUAUCGCUGGAAACAGUGCCGGGGUCCCAAAUUGCCCUCGUUUCGCCUACGCUCCCGGUUUCGUCUCGCAAGGAAAAAGGAACGAGAGAGAGAAAGCUUCUUCUUCUUUGCCUAUUGCCAAGAACAAUUUCUUCGUCGGCUGUUCUUUCUCCCGAUCUUUGUCGAGGCGAGAUCUUUUCUCCCGUAAAACGAUCCCUUCGUAACUGGCCGAUCGAAUAUUCACCACGAAUACGACUGUCCUCCUUGGUUAAGAUGUUCGGGUAACGUUUUAAGAAGGGCGAUAUAUUUCUAUACUCCGUGUAUUUUUUUUAAACUACUCGAAUUUUACGUUUAAAAUUCCUUUCAAAGCGAGUAAGCUGAUCGAUCAAAUCGAUACUUUCUCAUCUCAAGUACAAAAUUUAAUUUGUGAAAGAGUACAAUAACAACGAGUAGCUAUUAACUAAUCACUCGAUUCAUAUCCUUAUUGAUUUAAGUAAAGUCUGAAAAAAGUCUGUACGUGCUUUGCAGAGAUCUAAAAAUUAAGUUUUAUUUUUAUUCAACAAAGAUAUCGCGCGUAUUAGAUCCGGCUUAUCUUUCUCAAUCACAAGUUACAAAAAAGUGAUGAAAAGUUUGAGUUUUGAAUGAAUAUAAACGAUAUUUUCAACCAUUAUAUUAUGGUAUUUUAACUAAAGAGGGCAGAAUAACUUUCGAAAUUAACCGAGUGGCUGAUUCUUCCCGAAAGUGAAAAUCUCGGUGGGGAAAACAUAGUCCCCCACCGCUACAUUACACUUUCGCCACAUUCUUUCCCAAAGGUCCCGACUCAUCCGCACUUUUCACUGGUUAUAUUCACGUUCCAAGCUUUCGAGAAGCAUUUUCCAGCCCACUUGUCUCUGUUCCUCCCUCUUUGAAACUGGCGCGUUUCGUCGCCCUUUUAUUCACGUGUUAGGAGACAUCUUUCGAGCUCUUCCCAGCGAAAUGUUGUGAUCUCUCGUCACCGUAAAUUUUUUACCAAAAAUUUUGCUUUUUUCUUUCCUUCUUUCUUUUUUCUUUUUUCUUUUCUUAAACGAUCCUUAUUCGAAACCAGUAUGUAACUAGUACGUAAAAGUUCGAACGAUUAUUUAAAGAAAAAAAUUUAACAUCCUUCUUUUUCUUAGCGCGAUAGAAAUUAUGUGAUAUAAUUUAGUAAAAUUAAUUUAAUCGUAUCAUUCUCGGAUCUUUCUUCUGCUCUAUAAUAAUGUUAUUCAACUAUUUAUUUAACAUUUAUACGAUGUUUGAAGAAUAUAACGAAUAUAUCUAUGAAAUUAUAGUUCUCUAGAAUAGAGAACGAAUAAUCUUCACGUACAGAAAGAAAUGUUCAAAUACGAUGAUGUCAAUUAAGUUAAGCCUUGUUUACAUUAAACGCGUAUAAUGAUACAGUAAUAGCGUCGAGAAUAUAUUGUAUUCUGACUAUAUCGAUAUGAUAAUACGUGUACAUUAACUAACUUCGAUUACAGUGUAUUAAUUCGUAUCAACAGAGAUAUCUUAAAAAAAAAAAAGAAGAAAAAAAUUCAAAUUCGGUUUGUUUCACUAUUAAUCUGUAAAAUUUUUGACCAAUUUAAUCAAUCCACUUGGAAUAAUUCAAUUUACUCGUGUAACAUAAAUUUAAAUCGCUACAUAAAUUAACAUAAAUUAAAAGUAAACUAUUUGUCGUCGAUUGAUUAGAUCGAAACAACGUGUCUACAUGUAAACAAGGCGUAACAAAAUUGACGAAUUUAAAAAUCUUCAAGUCAAUUUUUUACGAGAAACACAUUUUAAUUCCUUAAUCGUUUAGAAUUUUUCUUUUUUCUUUUCUUUUUUUUAUUCCUCAGUUUGAAAAAAUUAUCAUUUUACAUUCGCCUUUUUUUUCUUUUCUUCUUCUUCUUCUUCUUCUUCUUCUUCUUCUACGUACGGUCGGUCUCUUUGGGAUAAAACGUUGAUUGAUUUCGACCAGUUGAAAUUCGAGCAUGGCGACAGAGGUCACCAAGUACCCCGACCUCGUACCCCGGCAAAAAAGCAAAAAAGCACCCCGAUUCCCAGAUGUAUUGUACAUAUAUAGAAUAUAAUACCCCGCCCUCGAUAUUAAAGCGAUGUAAAGGACGAGAGAGGAGAGGAUUUUUAUUAUUAAGGAGAAAACAGCUUUUUCACGCCGCACGAGCGUACCGUUAAUUACUCGAUACGAUUCCUCGCGAUUUCGCUUGUCCAAGCGAAUUUGCCUAUAUGUACACUUUUACAUUUAUGUAAUUAUUACGAUCUAUCACGACGAAGGACCAAUAAUCGUUGUCAUUGAAGAUUAACACGAGCUUUCAUCGCGACUUCUCGUUGCGACAAUUACCUAUUACAGUUCGUUAGGUAUAAUAUUUGUUGCAAGCGAAGGAUAAUUAUUCUUCACUCGCAACGAUGGUUUUUGAUGCUAUAAUAAUAAUUAGAGUUUUAAUGAUUUGCGUUACAAUAUUGUUUUGUCAUCAUUUUAUCAUGAUUUUUGCUGCAUCCUAUUAAUAGUUUGCGUUAUAAUAUUGUUUUCUCGUCAUCAUCGUCAUCAUUAUCAUCGUCAUCAUCAUCAUCAUCGUCGUCAUCGUGAUUUUUGCUAUACUCUUAUUAUUAAUCCUGUAUAUGUUGAAAAGGAAUUAUAACUAUGUUGUAGUUAUUUUUUUGUUUCUCUAGAAUUCGUUGAAAUAAUAAGAUUUCAGAUUUUUGGAUUUUGAAAUAAAAUCAGAUAAAAAAAAUGAACUUUUCAGAAAAUAGGAUAUACAUAAUUUUUGAAAUAUAAACGUGUAUGUAUUUUCACAAGUCAUGUGAUGUAUAGAAAGUAUUGAUACGAGCAUAAUUACAAACCAAUGAUCAUCAACAUGUUUUGUAAAUCAUAAAUAAUAUCAAUUACGAAAUUUUCAUUUUUCAUUUUUACCACACAAAUACAAAACAUGUUGAACGAAAACACCUCCAACUAAUAAAUAUUAUAAUAAAAUUCAUAUUCGUGAUUAUAGAAAUGGCCUAAGUAAUUGGUCUUCUAAAAAGAAAAAUUAUACUUUUUUUUAUUUUCCAACAAAAUUUUGAUUUAUGAGAUAUUCCUAUAUGAAUCUAUUUAAAAAAAAAAUAAUAUAAAUACACGAUAAUAACCGGUAUAAAGACAGAAAUUUCUCAGGCCACUUUUACAAUCACAAAAACCAAAAAUAGCCGAACCACCGAAAUUUUCACCGAAAAGCGUUGAACAAUGUUUUUAAAUAAACGUGUUAAACGCGUAAUAGAAUUAUUAAACUAGGCAUUGUUGCAAUAAUAUCAUGUUCCUGAUUAAUAACUUACUUUUCGCAUAUAUAUAUAAUAUAUAUAUAGUUAUAUUCCAUUAAAUGGAUCCGCAUCGUAAACUCGCAAGCGAAAAAACAUAGUCUUUCGAUAGCCAAAGUUACGGUACGCUCGUUUAAUCCUGUUUACACAGAUAUCGAUCUAUCUGCUUAGACGAUCGAAUUUACAUAGAAGUUUAAUAGGCGUAACGAGAGGCGAACUACGCUUCUCUCUAUCCUAGUUUUGUAUACGCACCUUGUCGUCCGUGUUGGAUUCCGCGUCGACGAACGGAUGUGAUCGGAAAUGGCAUUGUGUAGAAAUGCUGUAAAAAAAAAAGAGAAGAAAAAGAGCGGUGUGUAAAAAGCAUCGCGAAAAAAUAGGGGGAGGGGGGAAAAAAAGAGAAGAGAAGAGAAGAGAAACGAAGGAAAAUCGAAGAGAUUUUUCAGUAUCAAUUUUCGAAUCAAUUUCCGUUCGAUCGACGAUAGGAAAUUCUAUUCGACGACGAAUUUCUGAAAUACACGGUACCUUGAAAAGAGAUCGAUUCCUAGUUAAUGGUUGUUAGUUCCGAAUGAUACUGGUAAAAUUACGUUCCUGUCGGUCCCGAUGAUAUAUAACGGACCAAUUGUUUUCUAUGUUUCUUUGUAAACAGACCAGAAUCUCAUUGAGAAAAAAAAAAUAAUAAUAAUAAUAGCUGGAGAUAGAAAAAUAGAAUCGAAAUGAUUAAAAAUAUUUAACGAAAACGGAAAUCUCGCGUCGAGUACCUAUUUGUAUUUAAAAUAGAAUUAUCGCUUGUCCUACAUACUGUAGUAAUUAAUCAUUAUCGUUGUUGUCCUUUUAAUCUUAAUGUGCAAGGCAAAAAGAAGCAUAUACAUAUAUAUAUAUGUAUAUAUAUGUAUAUUAUACAUUAUAUUAUAUAUACAUAUAUGUAUAUAUAUAAUAUAUACAUAUAAUUGAUAUAUGUUUGUGUCAAAUUAUAAUGUUGUAUCGAAUACAAUGUGUACCGUAAAAGAAGAUGGGGAUCACAGAGGCACGACUCGAAUAAACGAUGUAAAUUGUAACGAGAUUACGAGAUAAAUUAAAUUAAAAAAAAGUAUAUCGAUAGAAAAUUUGGAAUCAUUAAUAAUUCAGAUAUUUAAAAAAUAGUUAGGUUAGAAUUUCUUUACAUCGUUAAUUAUUGAUAUCUAAUAUUAAUUUCAAGUUAAUGACAAUAGAAAAGAAAGAGAAAAAGAAUGUGAUUCCAAAUUUUGCGCGAUUCGUUUGAAUAAUAAUCGAAUAAUCGUAUAUUCGAGUCUGCGUCUGUCGCGCCCUGUCGCUCGAAUACUCGAUUAACAAUUAUGUACCUAUGGUGUAUACUUCUCUGUAUCUAUGUAACUAGAACUAUAUACGUAUAUAGUUAUAAUUUUGUACAGUCAACGCAGACGCUAAUCACGUAUGCACGAAAGCCGGUCGAUCGUUCGCGCGAGAACUCGAAAUCGCGUGCCCCGCGAUUUAUUGGUUGUCCAAACGACCAAUGGGCGCGCACCGCCCAUGGCGCGGAACUAGUGUUCGAAAAUGCGCGCGAACGUGGCCACACACACGGUACAAAUUCGAGAAAAAGAAAAUUUUAUGCCUAUAAACUGUUAAACUAAACGUUGAUUAAACACUGUUCCGCGAUAUUUACGAUGGAUGGACGAUAUUCUCGCUACUCUAAUUAAAAGUAUGAAGGCCACUUGAGAUCGAAAAUUCUUUAUGAGUUAUAUCGUUCGUAAUAUUGUAAUCGUUCUUCACGAUUCUUACGAACGUUAUAUGCUCGAUCGUUGAUAUGCAUAUCGGCGAGGAAAACGACGAGUCUUAAUCCUCGGAUUGAUAUGUAAUAAUACUUUCGUACUUUGCGGACAUCGGAUUAAUAAACGCGAUAAGUUAGAAUAAUUAUUACGUUAUAUUACGAGAGAAAUAAGUUUUUUUUUUUUAUUUUGAUUAACGCCUGUUAAACGAUUGAAUUCUUUAUUUCUUAUUUUUCUUUCAUAAAAAAAUGAAUCGAAUAAUUUUCGAAAAUUGUUGUAUUCCAAAAUAUAACGCAUAGAAAAAUGCAAAUAAUUAUAUUUAUAUUCGUUUUAAAUCUGUAUACGGAAUGCACGAAUUAUAAAUUAUUUUUUUUUAUUCGAAAUAUGAAAGAAAUCUCGCUUAUGAAUCUCUAAGAAUUUGAUGUUCGCGAAAACGAUGUCUGCACAAUCGAUACCUGUAAAUUUAUGCAUACAUUUACGUAUGGAUAUUAGAAUCGAACGAGAAUAAGACUUGCUUGUUAACGACGCCUCGUGUCAACGAAAAAUUUUGUGAUUUUUUUUCUCGAAAAAAAAAAGAAAAGAGAAAGAAAGAAAAAAAGAAAAAAAGAAAUGCGCAACGCAUCAAGUGGCACUCGAUGUAUACUAUGAAACUGACACUACCUCACCAGACACCUAAUAUAUCUCAACCACAAGACUGAUUUUAAAUAGUAUUCCUAAAUAGAUAAGGAAGAGGAGGAAAAGAAAACUAGAGUGAGAGAAAAAAAUGGAAGAAGGAGUAAAAAAAAUAAAAAGAAAGAGAGGAAAAAAAGAAACGGAGUAUUAUAAAGAGAGAUAUUCGCGCGUAUAUACAAAUACGAGUAUAGACCGUUUUUUUUUUUUAAGUAAUAUAAUUAAUGAUAGUACUCUAUCUGUAAUUAUUAUUAUUAUUAUUAUCAUUAUUAGUUAAUAUUAUUAGUUAAUAUUAUUAUUAUUAAUUAUUAUUAUUAUUAAUUAUUAUUAUUGUCAUCAUCAUAAUCAUACUACGCUAUCGCUGCCAAUUCGUCGAAUUCCCUUUUCUUAAAUAAGAAAAUAAGAAUGAAAGAAGAAGAAAGAUACUCUUUCUACGAUACGGUGUUUACUUGUAAUUUUACAAUCUCUCCAAGCUACACCCUCUCUCUACUCUCACCAAACAAGCCUCUACCGCGUUUCUCGCGAUCAUACCGCAUACCACCGCCACUCAUUGUAAUGAAUGUUCCCAUCAAGUUGACUGGUCUGUCAAAAUAUUUUUAUUAUUAAAAACUCACUGUUUAAUCGUU